UCCAAUCCUCUCUGACAUCCUCUCUUCCUCAUUCAAAGCUUUUUGGCAAUACAAUUAUUUAGUUCACGAGCAAACACUUCCUCCCAAAAAAAAAAAAAAAAAUUCAAAAAAAGGGCAUCCACAAGCAAGAGUUUUUCAAAGGGGCAAAAAAAAUGUUGAAACAGAACAAAAACGUUAAAACAAAAUCUCUGACAUUGCUAGAGAUCUAAAAUACUCAAGUUGUGGCCAAGAUCCAAAGCCCUUUACAUACCUCUCUUCUCUUCUCUUUUCUUUUCCUUCUAAAUUAAACAAACACAACCCUUCACUCCAAUUCUUCUAAUUCGCACAAAUUAGAAGAAGAAGAAGAAGAAGAAGAAGAAGAAGUUCCCUUUUUGAUCCAUAAUCUUCGUCCACAUCAGAUACCCAAUUGAAUCCUUUUGUAAAUUUUAUGCGAAGUUUCAAACUUUAGGGCUUUUCUUUACAAGGGGAAAAAUAGGGUUUAGAAAUUUGUAAUGCUUGCCUUGUCACCUAUUAGAAGUGGCAACAAAGAUGAGAAACAAGGAGAAAUGGAGAGGUUUUCGAUUGGAGGUGAUGAUUUUCCCGAUUUUGAUGAUGAUACAAAUUUGCUUGAUAGCAUCAACUUUGAUGAUCUUUUUGUGGGAAUCAACGACGGAGAUGUGUUGCCUGAUUUGGAGAUGGACCCUGAACUCCUCGCUGAAUUCUCCGUUAGCGGCGGUGAGGAAUCGGAAGUCAACGCAUCAGUUUCUUUAGAAAAAUUCGACGACAAUACAUUAAAGAUUAUCGGUAAUAAAGACAACGACGAUGAUGAAGAUCAGAAAGAUUUUGAUUUUAGAUCUUCUAGCCAAGUGGUGGAUCAAGAGAUUUUGAGUAAACGAGAAGAUGAAUUGGCCACACCAACAAAUAUUAUUGAAGUAAGCCCUUUGGUGAAAGAUGGUGGCGAUAAAAGUAUUAAACCCCUAAAGGCAUCUUCUUCUCAAUCCAAAAAUUCUCAAAGCAAGAGAAAAGUUAAGGUUGAUUGGACACCGGAGCUGCACCGGCGGUUUGUACAAGCCGUUGAGCAAUUGGGUGUGGAUAAGGCAGUUCCUUCUAGAAUAUUGGAGCUUAUGGGAAUUGAGUGUCUCACUCGCCAUAACGUUGCUAGCCAUCUUCAAAAAUAUAGGUCGCAUCGGAAACAUUUGUUGGCACGUGAAGCGGAGGCGGCGAGUUGGAGCCAAAGGCGGCAGAUGUACGGAGGCGGUGGCGGUGGAGGUGGAGGCGGAAAGAGAGAGGUGAGUCCAUGGGGUGCACCGCCCACCAUGGGAUUUCCGCCCAUGACGCCCAUGCACCCUCAUUUUAGGCCUUUACACGUGUGGGGUCAUCCUCCUGCUAUGGAUCAAUCUCUUUUGCACGUGUGGCCUAAGCAUCUUCCUCAUUCACCAUCUCCUCCGCCACCUCCACCUACUCCUCCGCCAUCCUCAUGGCCACACACCGCCGCUCCUCCUCCGCCCCCUGACUCUUCCUACUGGCACCACCACCACCACCACCAACGGGUUCCAAAUGGUUUAACCUCAGGAACGCCAUGCUUCCCACAGCCAAUACCAACCACGAGAUUUGGUGGGGCAAGUUUCUCGGUAAUCCCACCGCCUCAUCCGAUGUACAAAGCAGCUGAGCCCACAACGAGCAUAGGGCGUUCUCCCACUCACCCUCCCCUCGACUCUUAUCCAUCGAAAGAGAGUAUUGACUCAGCAAUUGGAGAUGUGUUAGCGAAGCCAUGGCUACCCCUUCCUCUUGGAUUAAAGCCUCCCUCUUUAGACAGUGUUAAAGUUGAACUCCAAAGACAAGGAGUUCCUAAAAUACCUCCCAGUACUUGUGCUGCUUAAUCAUCACUAAUCUCGAUUCUCAACUAGCUGAGCUGGACAAAAGCUCUUUCCAUUAAUUUGACGACAUUUCUCAAUGGUGCCUGCUACCCUGUACGUUGCAUGCCUACAUUUUGCAAAUAUAAUCAUCCUCUUUUUAAGUGCGCAAACUACUACUCCUAUUCUCCCCCACUUUCCUUAUUAUUAUUGUAUCAUGCAGUAACAUUAUUAGCCAGAGAAAAACACUUUUUUUCCCCUUCUUUUUUGUGGGUUUCCCAGUGUAAUAAUAAUUCCAACACUAAUAACCAAUAAAAUUAAUAAUCACAUACUUUUUUUCCCA